UGAUCGUAACACGUCGCAAUCCAUACAAUCUCUAUCUGCCCAAUCCAAUCUAGAUCUAGAUUGCACUAUUGGCAGAGCGCUUGCACGCGAUAUUUUUAAUAAGCUGAGAAUAUAAAACGUGUGGUAAGCACGGUCUUUGCUUCAGUUCAAAUACGGACCGUUUGAUCGACGUAGCAUCAGCGUCUCGUUAACGAAGAAUAUAUUCUUGCUAGUCUGAUUCUUGGUCAAAUAUGUCGCAAAAAUCGGAAAACAAUGCAUUUGCUUCACAGGCAUAUGAGAUUUUGCAGAAUGAUCAAGUUGGCAGGUACAUGAUCGCGAGUAGAGAACUACAAGCUGGUGAAGAGAUUGUCACAGAAAUGCCUUUUAUUGUCGGGCCAAAAGCAUGCACUUAUCCCUUAUGUCUCUCCUGUUAUACACCUUGGCCUCCUGGGUCAGAUGACAAACCACUUUGCUCUAGAUGUGGAUGGCUUGUCUGUGGCAAAGACUGUGAGAAUGCUCCACAACAUAAAGAUUAUGAGUGUCAGGUGUUUGCACAGGUGAACGAAAAGUUUAACGUAAACUCUGUGCUGGAUGGAAACUACGAAAACGGCGUUUCACAAUUAGAAUGCAUAACACCAUUGCGAUUAUUGUUAGAAUCGGAGAAAAAUGUUGAAAGGUGGAACAAGGAAGUGAAAGACAUGGAGGCUCAUAAUGAAAUAAGGUGUCAGAAAACGCAAUGGAAAUCAGAUCACGUCAAUAUUGUGGAUUAUCUGAGAAAACGACUCAAACUCGACAGAUUCUCGGAAGAGUACAUACAAACAGCAUGCGGGAUCUUGGAGAUUAAUACAUUCGAAGUCCGGACAGCAAAAGGGUUCAGCGCACGUGGUCUUUAUCCAACGGUAGCUUUGAUGAACCACUCGUGCGUUUCAAAUACGUCUCAUAGCAUAUCGCCAAUUGAUUACAGAAUACGGUUGCGUACCACGCUUAAAAUUCCUGCGGGCGGUGAACUUUACGCGAGUUACACGCACUCGUUACUUCCGACAAUGUUACGGAGAGAACAUCUACUUGAGGGCAAGCAUUUUGCAUGUGCGUGUCCGCGGUGUUCGGAUCCUACCGAAUUGGGCACUCACAUGUCCUCGCUCAAAUGCAACAAAUGUGACAACGGAAUUGUCUUGCCUUUGGAUUCUUUAGAUUCAGAAAGUAUUUGGAGAUGUACGCACUGUGAUUUUUCUACCAAUGGUCAAGCAGUACGGAAAGUUUUUCGAGUUAUUCAAGCAGAAGUAGACGCCGCUGAAGCUAUUAGUGGUGCUGACGGAGCUGAUGCAAUUUAUGCAAGAGAAGCCGUCAUCAAAAAAUACAGAUCAGUUUUACAUCCCCAUCAUGCCUUUCUUUCAAUGUUAAGACAUUCAUUAACUCAAAUGUAUGGCCGGAUCGAUGAAUAUUUAUUAGACGAUUUGCCAGAUGUCGUAUUGGAGCAUAAAGUCGACAUGUGUCGUUUAUUGCUUCAAAUAUUGGACAUUGUGGAACCUGGAUAUAGUCGCAUAAGAGGUAUGACAUUAUACGAAUUACACGCACCAUUACUAUUUUUGGCAAAAGGCCAAUGGAAUGCCGGUGUCAUUGACGAGGCCAGAUUGAAGUCCAAAAUGAUAGAAGCUGCGAAUAUCCUAAAAGAAGCUGCUACGAUAUUAAGCUUAGAAUCAUCAGAUACAGCCGAGGGACAAAUAGGACUCAUCGCAAAAGAAUCUAUAGUCCAACUGGAACAAUCUAUAAAUGAUUUAUAAGUAUAAUGUUAUAUGUUGUAAGAUCUCGUUAUUUAUAAACUUAUUAUAGUAAUAAACACCAUAUUUUUCGACAUUUCUCAA